AUGGCUGCCCAAGGAGAACCUCAAGUUCAGUUCAAACUUGUACUGGUGGGAGAUGGUGGUACUGGGAAAACUACCUUCGUGAAACGCCACCUGACUGGUGAAUUUGAGAAGAAGUAUGUAGCUACCUUGGGUGUUGAGGUCCAUCCCCUUGUGUUCCAUACCAACAGAGGGCCUGUUAAGUUCAACGUGUGGGACACAGCUGAUGAAGAAAGAGGCCUCUUGCGGUUAGUUAAGAGAAAUGCCCCAGAUCUGAUUAGAGAGGCUUGUGGGCAGUUGAAUCAGACCCGGGUUCUGCGGCCGCCUCCCUGCAUCCUGGUCCACAGCAUCACUACUCCUGUGGUGUCUGAGCGGCAGUUCUCCUUUCAGAGAUGGCCACACUUGAUGGCAGAGGACAUUGACGUCUUCUCCACUGCUGUGCAUUCAGGUGGAUUGAAAGAAUUACUCUCUGAAGAGAAUCUUGGCCCUGCCUUGGGUCUUGACUACUCAUCUUCAAGGGGAGAUAAGAUGGCCUCUAUCCAGGCUGCUUAG